UAAUGAGGUCUGGCCAUCGACUUCUGUUGGCAACAAAAAAGCGAACGACUAUAUAUGACAGGAUCAUCUCCGUUCCCUGGCGUCGGCUCACUCCUAUAUCAACGUUUCCACCUACUCCGGUGUAUCGACGACGGUGAUACCUUCUCCCUAGUUGUUGCAAUUCACCAAGCUUCGUCGCGUGAGUAAAUCCUUCAACUCUCUCUGAUCAGAUCUAGGGUUUGAGUUCUGCCUCAAUUUUUUAUACAUAAUCCGUAGAAAAGAAGGGAAAUCAACUGUUUGGGUGCAUCCAGAUUUUCAUCCUCUAAAGGAUUUUCAACAUCACCAAGGUAGAAUAUGGGUGUGGUACCAAAUAAUAUCGACAUGGAGGAAGGAACACUGGAAAUUGGCAUGGAAUAUAGAACUGUCUCUGGAGUUGCUGGACCGUUGGUUAUUCUCGAGAAAGUUAAGGGACCCAAGUAUCAAGAGAUUGUGAACAUUCGUUUAGGAGAUGGAACAACCCGACGUGGUCAAGUUCUUGAGGUUGAUGGGGAGAAAGCUGUUGUUCAGGUUUUUGAAGGAACAUCUGGAAUUGACAACAAAUUCACUACUGUGCAAUUUACAGGGGAGGUUUUGAAAACUCCUGUCUCAUUGGACAUGCUUGGUCGUAUAUUCAAUGGUUCUGGGAAGCCCAUUGACAAUGGUCCCCCUAUUUUGCCUGAGGCUUACUUGGAUAUUUCUGGGAGUUCUAUCAAUCCUAGUGAGCGAACCUAUCCUGAAGAGAUGAUACAGACAGGAAUUUCAACGAUUGAUGUUAUGAAUUCUAUUGCUAGAGGACAGAAAAUUCCUCUUUUUUCCGCCGCUGGUCUUCCCCAUAAUGAAAUAGCUGCUCAGAUCUGUCGUCAGGCUGGUUUGGUGAAGCGGUUGGAGAAAACUGGAAGUCUUCUUGAGGAUGGGGAAGAGGACAAUUUUGCCAUUGUGUUUGCAGCUAUGGGAGUCAACAUGGAGACAGCACAGUUUUUCAAACGUGAUUUUGAGGAAAAUGGGUCUAUGGAGAGAGUGACCCUUUUUCUAAACUUGGCCAAUGACCCUACAAUAGAACGUAUUAUUACUCCUCGGAUUGCUCUGACUACUGCAGAAUAUUUGGCAUAUGAAUGUGGGAAGCAUGUUCUUGUCAUAUUAACAGAUAUGAGUUCUUAUGCCGAUGCUCUUCGUGAGGUAUCUGCUGCCCGCGAGGAAGUGCCUGGACGGCGUGGGUAUCCUGGGUAUAUGUAUACUGAUCUGGCAACAAUCUAUGAACGUGCUGGACGAAUUGAAGGGCGAAAGGGCUCCAUCACACAAAUUCCUAUUUUGACUAUGCCCAAUGAUGACAUCACACAUCCUACUCCGGAUCUUACGGGUUAUAUUACUGAAGGACAGAUAUAUAUUGACAGGCUACUUUAUAAUCGUCAGAUAUACCCACCAAUUAACGUUCUUCCAUCCUUGUCUCGUUUGAUGAAGAGUGCCAUUGGUGAGGGGAUGACUCGCAGGGAUCACGCUGAUGUGUCCAACCAGCUAUAUGCAAAUUAUGCAAUUGGAAAGGAUGUCCAGGCAAUGAAAGCUGUUGUUGGAGAAGAAGCGCUCUCUUCCGAGGACCUGCUAUAUUUAGAGUUUCUGGACAAAUUUGAGAGGAAGUUUGUCGCCCAAGGAGCCUAUGACACCCGCAACAUUUUCCAAUCACUUGAUUUGGCAUGGACACUCCUUCGGAUCUUCCCUCGUGAGCUUCUGCAUCGUAUUCCAGCAAAAACUCUUGAUCAGUAUUACAGUCGGGAUACAGCUAGUUGAUGGUGGGAAACAAGCUUUCUGUACCUUCUCCUGUUUGAUCGCUUUGGGAUGAGAUUUAUGUAUGUUUUUUGCUGUACUCCUCCUUUUGCUGCCCAGCCUCUAUCCAGCUCAAAUAAUAAAGGUUGUGUUCUUCUUAGUGAGUCCCUUAAAGCCAAAGCUCUCCGGCUUUUAG